AUGACACACUCUAUUGGAGGUGGCAUGACAACGCAAUCAUUUAAACCACUCACAUCUGUAAUGUCUGAGCACAAGAUGGACGACAUUCCAACCGUGCAACUUCGAAUAGGAGAGCUCUAUUGGAAGCAGGAAGGACCGUAUGGCUGGAUAUUGGGUCAAGUUGCAUCCUUUGACCACAAGCAGCAGAGUGCUGUCUUUUGUCCGAUUGAUGAAGCCACAGGCGAGCAGCUAGUACCACAGACUCAAGUGUUUGUGGACCUGACACAAUCGCCACUUCUUGCUGCUAAUCCACUAUUCACCACUGCAGCAGAUAUGACAUCACUACGUCAUUUACAUGAAGCUGCUUUAGCUAAAAACUUACAAGACCGAGCGUCGCUUGAGAAUCAACGGCCAUAUACGUUUAUGGCCAAUGUACUGAUUGCAGUUAAUCCGUUACGUCAAUUGCCAGAGCCGGACAAGCUGCUAUUUGUCGGUCAACCUUUGGAUCAGUGUCCACCGCACCCGUAUAAUGUGGCAGAGAAUGCCUAUCGUCAGCUUUGUGCCGUACGUGCCGUAAUGCAGAACCAGAGCAUUAUCAUUAGCGGUGAGAGUGGCUCCGGCAAAACCGAGACAUCCAAAAUCAUUUUGGAUUUCUUGACGAUGAGAGCAGUCCACAACCCGGCAUUAUCGUCAGCAUCGUGCACUUCAGACGACGAGAUGGAGCCAGAAUUUACGGCAAACAAUCGACCUGUGCUGGGAUGCACAGGCCCACCUGGUUCGUCGACACUAGCUAUGUCGUACCCGCAGUCUAGCGGCAAGAGAAAGUUGUCUCCGGUAGCAGUGGGUGAGAGAUUGAUGGAAACAAUCCCGAUCUUGGAGUCGUUUGGCAAUGCCAAGACGCACCGCAACCAUAAUUCGAGCCGAUUCGGCAAGUACAUGAGAUUGCAGUUUGCUAACGAGACACACGAGCUAUCAGGUGCCAGUAUUGACACGUAUUUGUUGGAAAAGAGUCGGUUGGUAUUUCAACCGCAAGGAGAGAGGAAUUUUCAUGUGUUUUAUGAAUUGUUGCACUCGGAAAACACAGAAGAGUUAGCGAAAAGCUUCCACUUGAAGCCUAAGACGCCCGAGGCUUAUUCGUACUUGAACCAGUCGGGUUGUAUGCGCUCUGAUUUCAUUGAUGAUGCAGAAAACUUUUGCAACUUGAAGAGUGCGCUGCAGUUUAUUGGUAUUCGUGAAAGCGCACAACACGAGAUUUUCCGCCUUGUGGCAGGUCUACUGCACAUGGGCAACAUCAAAAUUACCCAAGAAGACACGGCAGAAGGAGAAACAGCCUGCAUCCGGCAAGAUGACGUCGAGUCGCAGGAAGCAGUGCGUCAUGCUUCGGAGCUUCUCGGCGUCUCCACGGAGCAGCUAACGGAAUGCAUUUUGCUAAAGCGGAUCAUGACGCGCGGAUCUCGGCGCAAUUCGAUCUAUUUCAUUAAACGCGAUGUUCGAAAUGCCGUGUAUUCGCGUGACACGAUUGCAAAGACGAUCUACGAAAACACUUUUACAUGGCUCAUGUGGGAAUGUGCUGCAGCGUUGGACUACGACUCAUUCCGAAGUGAUGUGGUGCCUUAUAUUGGUGUACUCGAUAUCUUUGGCUUUGAAGACUUUGAACCCAAGAAUCGAAACUCGUUUGAGCAGCUGCUAAUCAACUAUGCCAACGAAACACUUCAGAGCCUGUUCAACACCUGCAUCUUUGAGGCUGAGCAGGAGCUGUACAAGAGCGAGCACAUCUACCGCCCGACAAACCACUCACUUUCGUUUCCGUUCCCGUUUGCUGGCCAACCGAUUAUGAUCAAGGACCCAGAAAAUGAGAUUGAUUUCGUGGUGGAACAAGUUGCGCCCAGUGGUGACCUCGUCGCCUACUCAGACAACCGCGAGUGUUUGAACUUGAUCGCCAGUCGCCAUGGCGGCCUGUUUGCAACCAUUGACAAUGUGUCUCGCUUGCCGAUGCCUUCAGACCGAAAGCUGAACGAGCGCUUGCACACGCUCUUCAAACGGCACCCGUGCUUUCCUACACCUCACCCCAAGGACAUUCGUCACACAUUCCUCAUCCGUCACUUUGCCGGCACAGUGUCUUACACGAUCGACUCGUUCGUGGACAAGAACAACAAUAUUAUUUCCGACCAGUUUGAGGAACUCUUGAAGAACUCAUCAUCUCGUGUUCUGCAGGACUUGACCGGCAACUCCCGCAAUGGCAACCGUGCGCGCUCAGCAUCUAUUGUGUCAGUUAAGUCCGCCGGGUCGUCACCUCUUGGUGGCGGCUCAGCAUCGUCAAAGCGUCUCAAGGGAGGAAGUACGUCCAACCUUUUUUCUACGCAGAUGAAGGGUCUCACUACUGAGCUAGAGGGAACGUGCUGCAACUUUGUGCGUUGCAUUAAGCCGAACACGCAAAUGAAGGUUGGCUUGUUCGAUCGGCCGUUUGUCGUCGACCAGUUACGAUGCUCAGGUACGGUACAAGCUUGCGAAGUACUUCGUGUCGGCUUGCCUACGCGUAUUCUUUACGCCGAAGUGGUCGAUGUGUACCGCAACUUACUACCAUACAAGGUAUUUUGUCGCUUUGACUCAAACGACAAGCUCUUUACGCAAGCUAUUCUGUGGGCCUACGACUUUCCGACUGCUGCUUACCGGUUGGGUGACACUCGUCUGUUCUUCCGCACUGGCAAGAUCGAUUUGUUGGAUAAGCUUCUUACUCCAGCUCCGGUAUCAGCCGAAAGCUUGGGCAAGCUGCUACUACUCUACUUGCGUAGGAAGCACUGGAUCAAUGCUAUCACUGCUGUGGUCGCUUUUAACGCGUUUAAGCGCAUCUUCCACGAUGUUCGGUAUUAUCGACGUGCCACCAUGAUUCAGUGCAUGGUGCGUCAGCACUUUGCUCGGAAGCAUGUGCGUCAGACUCGUGUGCAGCUACGGAUGCACAAGCUUUGGACGAGGAUGUCGCAUCGAGCACAAAUCAUCCGCGCGUACCAAGAUCGUCCCGAGGACAAGAUGGUGCUAGUAGACAAGUUGCUUUCGAAGACCUACCUCUCGGUGCAGCAACGUUGGUUGCUAAAGUGGCUAGGGCCGCUGCAGCGCGUCAUUUACUUGCAGAAGCGCUGGAAGAAGAUCACGACACAAUACAUGGCCAAGCGUGGUUUUCUAUGGCUCUAUGAAGCUGUGCGGCGUAAGCGCAGUGCUCUAUGUGUGCAAUCGCAUGUCCGUGCGAUGAUUGCUAGAACACGCUUCCUGGAGCUCAAGAAGAAAGCCCUCGCUCGCCAUCGCUGGCAUGCUGCUUAUCUGAAAGUAAAAGUCUUUAGCCUUUUCAACCGGCAACUGCGUCUAAUCCAUGUGGAUCGGCUGGAGAAGGACAAUGUAACUUUAAUGAAUAGCAUGGCAGCUAUGACCGACAUGAUGAGCCUGGCUCAGGAGCAAGCGAGGAUCGCGAAGCUGCAGCUUAAAAAGCUACAAGUAUCGUACGAUGAAGUGAAGACUGAAGCCAAACAUCAGCUACAACGCGUGGAGGAAUUGGAGCUGGCUUUGCAGGCCAAGCGAUUAGAGGUCACAGAUCUGCGUCGACAGACCAUUGGCGCAGGGAGUCUCGUGGAGCGUAUCAUUCGCUUUUUUACAUGCAGUGCCGCCAUCUCUCCACCGUCUUCACCUCGAGGUAUGGUCACACCUUCCUGGUUGCCGACACUCAGACAGCAGGCACAGUCGGCUUCGGAGGAUACCGCUGACAAGAGUGAACGGAUUGUGUGGGCUACGCCGCUGAGUGGAGCUGUGAUGAUUCCACAAGAAGAUGAAGGAUACGUCGCCAAACGGCGUGUGAGUGUUAGUGUGGUUACAGAUGAACCUACGCUCGAUUCAGAGGACGACGAGUUUCGCUCCAAGGACGCGGAUAUGCUGUGGUCUGUGUCUCGGUACAUGUUCUAA